AUCAUGAAAAACAGUCCAUCUUCCUCCAAAUAGUAGAGAGAGAAAACGCAACCCAACAAACACAAAUUUUAGAGAGAGAAACCACAUAAAAAGAUCAAACAAAACUAAUUUCUAUGCCAUCGAAGAUAGAUCAAUUGGAUUCUAAGGGAAACUUCGUAAUCAACGACCACAGCUUACAAUUAUUUGCAGAAUUGAAAAAUCCUUAUGAGCUUAUUUGAUAAACUUCGUUGCUCUCCUCCUAAUAUUCAUAAUUGCCGCCUUAUUGCUGGCAUUCUUCUUUUUCUUUUGUUUCAUUCUUCUCAAUUGAUUUCCAAUUUCUUGCUUCCUAUAAAACCCUAAUCCAGAUUAAUCUUAGCAUAGUUUUCAUUUUAUUUGAUUUCAUUUCAUUAGAUCAAUCUCCCCCUUUUUUUUUGUUGAUUUUGAUUCGUCGAAUUUCGUCUAAUGGAGCAUAAUCAACCCGUCGAUCACAUUUUGAACGCUUCCAGUGAUGGAUGCAUUGAGAGGCGAAUUUGUGCAACUCCUUCUGUCAUUGUCAUUGGUGGUGGUAUUUCUGGAGUUGCUGCUGCCCGUUUUCUCGCUAAUGCGUCAUUCAAGGUGAUUUUGUUGGAAUCACGUGAUAGGCUUGGUGGCCGAAUUCAUACUGAUUACUCGUUUGGCUGUCCAGUUGACAUGGGGGCCUCAUGGCUACACGGUGUCUGCAAUGAAAAUCCAUUGUCUCCGUUGAUACGUUCUUUAGGGCUUAAAUUAUAUCGUACCAGUGGUGACGACUCUGUGAUCUAUGACCAUGACUUAGACAGCUGUAGCCUCUUCACUAAAGAUGGGCAACAGAUUCCGCAGCAUUUGGUCAUUGAAGUUGGCGAAAUAUUUAAAAGUAUCCUCAAGGAGACUGAGAAAAUUAGGGAUGCCCACAGUGAUGACAUGUCUGUUCUUCAAGCCAUUUCAAUUGUGCUGGAUGCCCAUCCACACUUGAGACAAAAAGGGCUAGCUCAUGAAGUACUUCAGUGGUUCUUGUGUAGAUUAGAAGCUUGGUUUGCUGCUGAUGCAGAUAUGAUAUCCUUGAAAACUUGGGAUCAGGAACAAGUUCUUUCUGGUGGUCAUGGACUAAUGACGCAAGGUUACUACCCUUUAAUAGAUACGCUUUCCAAGGACAUUGACAUACGGUUGAAUCACAGGGUUACAAAUAUUUCUAGUGGGCUGAAUAUGGUGAAGGUAACAAUGGACGAUAGCACUGAAUUGAUUGCCGAUGCUGCAAUCAUUACAGUGCCUCUCGGUGUUCUGAAAGCCAACUUGAUUAAUUUUGAACCGAAGUUGCCAGAUUGGAAGAUGUCUGCAAUAUCAGAUCUUGGGGUGGGAAAUGAGAACAAAAUUGCUUUGAGAUUUUCGGAAGUUUUUUGGCCCGAUGUUGAAUUGUUAGGAAUGGUCGCUCCGAAUUCUUUCAGCUGUGGUUAUUUUCUGAAUCUGCACAAGGCGAUUGGACGCCCUGUCCUUGUCUAUAUGAUUGCGGGAAGGUGUGCUUACGAUCUUGAGAAGCUUUCAGAUGAGGCGGCAGUAGACUUUGUAAUGUUACAGCUCAAGAAAAUGUUUCCAAACGCCACUGAGCCAGUCCAGUAUCUUGUUUCUCGUUGGGGAACAGACCCUAACUCUCUCGGUUGUUAUUCAUACGACUUAGUGGGAAAGCCUACAGAUGUAUAUGACAGACUAAGAGCACCAGUUGGUAGCCUCUUCUUCGGUGGUGAAGCAGUUAGCACGGGUGAUCACCAAGGUUCUGUGCACGGAGCUUACUCAGCAGGAAUAAUGGCUGCUGAUAAUUGUCAGAGCCAUCUCUUAGAAAGACUUAGCAACAUGGAAAAGUUCCACCUUAUCCCUUGGACGGAACAAAGUCAUGACGCUUCUAUUCCUCUUCAAAUUUCUAGGAUGUAAACAUUAUGACAAACUUGACCCGGGGGGGAUUUUGAUGUUUUGUUGUUAAAUUAACUUUGUUAUAUAUGUUCAGCAAAUUGUUGAACUUUGUAUUUGCCUAUCAUCUUACCUGUGUGAUAUUUUAAUGUUCGCAAAUGUAACAGUUUUAAUUGCACAUCUGAAGAGUUUCUAGUUUCCACUA